GGAAGAAAGUACAGGAAGCAGCGACGGCGGAGGGAGAGCAGCGACGGCGGAGGGAGAGCAGCGACGGUGAUUUGGUUAGAAUGGCAGCCGACACCGAGUCAAAGCUCCAGCUGGUCCACAGACACAUCCGAGCUUUUCCAGACUUUCCGAAGAAAGGAAUUCUGUUUAGAGAUAUCUGUCCCAUUCUGAAGGAUCCAGCCGCUCUGACAGCAGUAAUAGACCUGUUCGAAGAACAUGUGAGGAAGAAUCACCCACAGGUUGAUCUGAUCAUAGGUUUAGAUGCUCGUGGCUUCCUGUUUGGGCCUCUGCUCGCCCAGCGGCUGGGUGUCGGCUUUGUCAUGAUCAGAAAGAAAGGCAAGCUGCCUGGAACCACUGUGUCUGUGUCAUAUGAUCUGGAGUAUGGGAAGGCAGAGGCAGAAAUUCAGGAAGAUGCGGUGGCUCCAGGACAGAAGAUUCUGCUGAUUGAUGACCUUCUAGCGACUGGAGGGACUCUGCAUGCAGCCUGUGAGCUGAUGAGGAAGCAGCAGGCCGAGGUUCUGGGUUGCAUGGUGGUCAUCGAGCUCAAAGAGCUGAACGGCAUCGACAAACUGAAACCACACAGUCUGUUCUCCCUGGUUCAGUACUGAGGUCCACUGUAAAACCAAUGUUCACAGUCAGGGGCUUCCCAAGUGACCACCACCGAACAAGAAGCCUCUGCAGCUUGCGUCCUUUUUUUUGUUUUUGUCAUUUCAAUCAUAUAUAUAUAUGUAAAAUAUACAUAAAUCAUUUAUAAAGUAAUCUCUUAAUGCUCUGUUUGAAAGGACUGGAGCCUUACCCAGCAUGCUUUGGGCUUAUAAUCAAGCAGCAACCUCUGUGGCUGGCAAAUUAAGCCAACACAACCCAGCCAAGUAACAACCAAGUAACACAAAACUGCACUUCCUCAAACAGCCACUUGAGGCUGGCUCGAGGAGUGAGUCAAUCUCCAUAAGGCCCCAUAUUAACACUUUACAGCAGAACUGUGGGGGGGGGGGGAUUUUUUUAUUUUUAUUAGAAUGUCCAUAUGUAAAUCUGUAUAUUUAAUAGCUUACACAUUCCUAUUCUUUCAACAGAUUAGUUUAACUUUAAAGAAUAGGAAGGUUUCUGGGACUGGAUGGCUCUAACUAACAAAUUAGCAUCUGUCUAGCAGUAGCACAUGCUGCUGGCUAAUAAACAGUAAAAUACAUGAACAUUUGAUAAAACGGUUAACUGUAGCCUAGUUGUACAGUUCAUUAAAAAAAAAAAAUUUGUGGAUUCAGAGGGUGUUAAAGUCUUAACAUUUGUACACAAAGUAUGCGAGAUAUCCAAACAUGGCUGUGAAUCUGCUUCCACUAUUGUUAUUUUUUUAACAUACAGCUGGUGGGAAAAAUAGCAGUAAAAAGCCAAACUAUAGUUAUACCUUCUACUGCUUAUGAAAUAAUCUUAUUACUGAUGCCUUUAUGUGACCUACAUAAACAAACCAUCAGUGAGAAGACUGGCCAUUUCUAUAUAGUUAUUCUUAAUGUCUGCCACCGGGUUGGAUUCCCCUUGAAAUCAAUGAAACAAGGUGGUAGGAACACUACCACUUUUGUCCACAGGGGGCAUCAGAAUCAACACAAAAACAAUAAAAUCUUGUAGGUGCUUUAAGGCCAAAUAACGAUCAAAUAAGUUGACGCUCUGGGUUGUUUUUUUGGUUACGACCAAAGUGGUAUUUCAUCUGGAGUGUUGUAUUUAAAGCCAUACUGUUAUGGUCAACCUCAGUGGUUCCCAACCUUUUUUCCUCGAAGCCCCCCUUGCCUGUGUCCAAGACAAGUCAGGCCCCCCCAACCCCUACCUGCAUACACGCACUAAAUAGGUAAUAAAUAGCUUAAUGAAUUUAAAUGUGGACCAAAAAUGUUUCACUUUGGAUUAUACAGAGUUUUGAUUAUCCAAUUGGGUGUGUUAUUGGGAUUUUAUAAAUUUAAUUUUUGUAAAUAAUUUUGGUAACCUCACAACCUCAGCAGACAAAGUUGUGCUUACCCCCCGCGAUCUAACCCUAACCCCAUAGGGGGGGCGCGGACCCCAGGUUGGGAACCACUGGUCUACCUGUAACCUCUGUUCUUCUCUCUAAUGCACGUUUGCAUUGUGAUUUUCAGCACCGUUGUCCUUACUGCCUCAAAUUCUGUGUUUGAACCACAUGUUCAUAUAAUAAAUCUAUGCAGGAAAUGACACUCAGACUCAUCCUGUUGCAGUUGGAAAUGGUUCUCUAUAUUAUAAUUGUUUCAAUACCGAUACCAACAUUGAAAAUGAUUGGCAAAUAUGAAUAUUAUAUAAAAAAAAUGUAAAACAUAUCGGAUCACUACUAGGCAACAGCCUAGAACAGUUCAAGAAUUGCAGUGUGACUAUCUUUUGUAAAUAAUUAAAUUCUGAAAAU